CAAGUUCUUCUACUUCCUCUUUCUAAUUUUGCAGGUCUCGUCUGAGCAGAAGCCUUCCAUCCUGCAUCUUGGAUGAGAGAUAAGCCCUGCAUCUGUGAGACGGACGUGACCAGCCCUCAGCCAGGCCAGACUCCCAUGUUUUUGUGGCUGCUGUUGUUGAUCCUGGGAGUUCUUCCAAAAGCUGUCCUUCUCCUCAAUCCUCCAUGGUCUACAACCUUCAAAGGGCAGAAAGUGACUCUUACGUGCAAGGAUUUCCAUUCCCCAGCUCAGGAGGCCACAUCUUGGUAUCAGAAUGGAAAGUUCUGGAAAGAAGAUUCUGAUGAGAUCAAAAUUGAAAAAUCUGGCUGUUACCGAUGCAAAACACCAGGAUCCUCCCUCAGCGACUCUGUGCAUGUGGAAUUUUCACCUGACUGGUUGAUUCUCCAGGCUUCAUAUCCUGUCUUUGAAGGAGGUAAUGUAACUCUGAGAUGCCGUGGGGAAGUUGAAGAAAAGGCAAGUGAAAAGGUGUACUACAAGAAUAAAAAGAAAAUUAAAGACAUUUACAAUCCAGACUCCAUUAAACUAAAUUCAGUCUUCAUGAACAAAGAUGAAUACUACUGUACUGCCUCAAGGAAAAUAGCCUUUUGGUCAUUGAAAGAAACCUCAAAGCCUUUAAGGAUCCAAGUUCAAGAACUGUUUGCACAGCCUGUGCUGAGAGCCAGACCAUCCCAGCCUAUUGAGGGAAGUCCAGUGACCCUGAUUUGUGAGACCCAGCUCCAUCCACAGAAGUCAGAUGUCCAGCUCCACUUCCGCUUCUUCAAAGAAGACCAGCUUCUGGGAUCAGGUUGGAGUAGCUCCCAAGAUUUCCAAAUCCUCACCGUGAGGAGGGAAGAUGCAGGCAUUUACCAGUGUGAGGCAAAGACAGUGUAUCAAAGCAUCACCAAAAAGAGCCUGAAAUCCCAGAUACGGGUGCAGAGUGUCCCUGUAUCUGAUGUGAAUCUGGAGAUUCAGCCCCGUGGGGGGGAACUGAUUGAAGGAGAAGACAUGGUCCUUACCUGCUCAGUAACGAAGGGCACAGGGGCUGUCACAUUCUCCUGGCAUCGAGAAGGAAAAAUGUGCCUGGGCAGAAAGACCCAAUAUUCCCUGUUGUCAGAGCUACGGAUCCGUGCCGUGAAGGAGCACAAUGCUGGGAGGUACUACUGUACAGCUGACAACAACCAUGUUCCCAUCCUCAGCAAAUGGAUUACAGUCACUGUGAGAAUUCCAGUGUCUCUCCCUGUCCUGACCCUCAGGGUCUCCAGGGCCCAGGCUGUGGUGGGGGAUGUGGUGGAGCUGCACUGCGAGGCUCUGAGAGGUUCUCCUCCUAUCCUGUACCAAUUUUAUCAUGACAAGGUUGCCUUGGGGAACAGUUCGACUUCCUCAAGAGGAGGAGUAUCCUUCAACCUCUCCCUGACUACAGAACACUCUGGAAACUACUCCUGUCAGGCUGACAAUGGUCUGGAGGCCCAGCAAAGUCAAACAGUGAGUCUCACUGUCACAGUUCCAGUGUCUCGCCCUGUCCUCACCCUCAGAGCCCCAGCGACCCCCGCUGUGGUGGAGGGCCUGGUGGAGCUGCACUGUGAGGCCCUUAGAGGUUCUCCCCCCAUCCUGUACCAAUUUUAUCAUGAGAAUGUCACCUUGGGGAACAAGUCAGCCCUCUCUGGAGGAGGAGCAUCUUUCAACAUCUUUCUGACCACAGAACAUUCUGGAAACUAUUCCUGUGAUGCUGACAAUGGCCUAGGGGCUCAGCACAGUGAAGUGGUGACCCUCAAUUUCAGAGGUACUUCCGGGAGCAGAAUAGGACUGGUCACUGGAGGGACCAUCGGUGGGCUGCUCCUCCUCACCAGCAUCAGUCUUGCCACUCUUGCUGCUCUGCUGCCUCGCUUCAGGACCCAGGGGAAAUCAGGAGGACUUCGCAUCCCUGGAACAUCUUGUGAUAGCUCCAGUGAGUGUCAGGAGACUUCCCGGUCCAGGCCUUCCAACAUCCACUUCCAACAGCUUCCCAACCCUGAGCCACCAGCCAUAAUGGAGGCACUAUACAACAAUGUACAUCCCAAAGAAGACCUGGUUUAUUCUGAGGUCUGCAGUCCUCAUCAUAUGAAUAAAAAUUCAGCAAAUUCACCCAGGAUACAUUGGCCAGUUAAGGAACCCAUGAUCAUUUACUCUGAGUUGAAGAAGUCACACACAGAUGGCUUCACUGAGGAGUAUAGUAGGAAUGGCAGUUUCCACGAAGAUGCUACAGAAAACUAUGAGAACAUUCCAAGUGCACCAGCAACCUUGGAGCAGUAGCCACUUGCCAAGAGCAUCCUACAAAGACUUCCUGGAGGAAGCGCGUGUCGUUCACCCAUUCCCUCCAUUCUUGCCUCCUCCCUCGCUCUCAGACUACCUCCAACCUGGGUUGCAGGGAACCCAAGGCUUGGCAAAAUCCCACCAACCUCCUCCAGAUAUGAGUCUGUAUCCCUAAACAACAGAAGGGACGGUA